AUGUUUGGUGGAGAUAUCAUAAAUAAUAUUUAUUUUCUUCAUCAAGAGGAUGCUAUUCAUAGAGAUCUGCAUUCAGGAAAUAUAUUAUACAAUAAGUAUUACAAUAAUUGGUAUAUUAGUGAUCUCGGAUUUUGUGGGCCUAUUGAUAAACCUUUAAAAAGC